AUGAACGACUUAUGCACGCUGGACCACAGUUGCUGUUGGGAGUUGUCAGGCUUCGAUUUUGUGCCGCUGGGAGGCAGGAGUAUAGUUCGACAUAUUAUCCAUCAGUGUCGGAUAUGCUUCCGAUCGAAACCGUCGACCAUACAUCACUUUAUGGGAGAUUUACCAGCUUCAUGGGUCACGGUAUCCCGUCCAUUUUCUCGCACAGGCAUCGACUACUUUGGACCCCUCUAUGUGAGACCAGCUUAUGCAGUUAAGGCUUAUGUUGCUGUAUUCGUGUAUCUGUGUACCAAAGCAUUGCACCUUGAAUUGGUCACAGAUUUAUUCACAGAACGGUUUCUACAGGCUAUACGGCGAAUCGUUGCCCGAAGAGGACAAUGCCCGGAUAUAUAUUCCGACAACGGCACCAAUUUUGUCGGUGCUCCUAAUAAACUGCAAGACUUCCUACGAUUGCUAAAAGACAGUCAUCAUAAUGAUGCUGUGUCUAAGCAAUUAGCCAUGGAAGGGAUUCAAUGGCACUUUAACCCACCGAGUGCACCACAUUUUGGCGGUAUCUGGGAGGCCGCAGUCCGAUUCGCUAAAAUUCAUCUGCUAAAGGUGGUAGGUGAAACUCCAGUAUCCCCAGAGGACAUGAACACGCUACUAGUCCAAGUUGAAGGAUGCCUGAAUUCUCGCCCACUUAUACCCAUGUCUGAUGACCCGAACGAUCUGCAGCCAUUAACCCCUGCACAUUUUCUGUUUGGAAAAUCUCUUCAGGCUGUUCCCGUCUCAACCAAUGCCAGUUAA